CUCAUAUGAAGCGCGCCUGGACGCCGCUCGCAGCUGUCAGAUAAUGAUUUCGUGAUUACUGCGUUGGAAUUAUUUUUUAAAUCAUUUUAAUUCACAGCUCAUAACAUAAACUGUUAACUCCAUCAACCCGCAGGGGAUUUCCCAUGUUGUGCACAGUGUUGCACAUGCACAUGAACAACAGUGACAAGCAGAUCCCAACUGUCACAUAAACCAAGUUUAAAUGGCAGCAGAAGAGAGCCAGGGUGCUGGAUUCACCCGGCAGAUCUCUGGAUCCUCGAGGUCAUGGGAGCUGGAGUCAUUUCUGACCAAUCGUACGCUUUGCUUUGUGACAAGAUUGGAGCAACAGUUCAUUUGUCCGUCCUGCAGUGGUAUUGUCCUAAAUCCACAUCAGACGGGCUGUGGACACAUCUUCUGUUCUCAGUGUAUACGCACAUACAUAGAAAAAGGAGAUAUUUCAAAAUGUCCUUUAGACAACAUUUCCAUUAAACCUGAAGAGACUUUUCAAGACAACUGCUGUAAAAGAGAACUGCUGAACUUAGAGGUUUACUGUAUCAACGCUCCAGACUGCACACAGAGGAUCACCUUAUGUUAUCUGCAGGACCAUCUGAAUGUUUGUCCAUAUGAGCGCCUCAGAUGCUCAAACUCAGGUUGCACAGAAGUUUUGUUACGUAUGAACCUAUUAGGACAUCAGACGAACAUCUGUUGCUUCAGACUGGAGUCCUGUGAACACUGCAGACAGUCUUAUCCUGUAUCCAAACUACUGGACCAUCAGAUGACCUCAUGCCCAGAAGUUGAGAUCCAGUGUUCUAACAACUGUCCACAGAUGAUCAAGAGACACAAGCUACAGGCGCACGAUGAUGAAUGUCCUGAAGUGCAGACAGACUGCGUUUAUAAAAACUAUGGCUGUACAGUCAGAGAUAAAAGAGGAAAAGUGGAGGUUCAUGAAAACACAGAGUUCAGCUCACACAUUCGGCUUGUGCUGGAGAGUAACACCAAACUUGAGAAACAGGUGGAGCAGUUACAGAAGGACAUGCUGGUCCAGCAGGGGACACUAAAGGACAAAAGUCUCACGCUCAGCAGUCUUGAGAGGGACAUCAGUUUAUGUGAUAACACAUUGGCUACCUUACAGAGGUCUGUAGAAGAGCAGAGAUUACGUAUCUGUAGUGUACAAUGUGAACUGCGGGACCUGCGAGGUGUUUUGGGCUCAAAGGUGCGUGAUGAGCUCCCAUCUCUCCCAUCUCUCCGAUCAUCCCUGGACUCACUCAGACAACAGGUGGCUGUCACUGAAAGCCUGAGGGAACACCUGGGUGCAUUAGAGCAGACGUGUCAGCGUCACAGCCGUUUGUUGGACAUUCACGUGGAACAGCUCCAGUGUAACGAGCAGCGGUUUAACCAGCUUGAAUCCACCUCCUAUGACGGCAAACUCAUUUGGAAGGUGCGCGACUACAGGCGGAGUAAAGAAGCCGGCACCCCCGUCAACUCCACCCCCUUCUACACCAGCCGUAGCGGCUAUAAGCUUAAAAUCAGGGCUUACCUCGGAGGAGACAGCUCAGGUAAAAGCACUCACCUGUCGCUCUAUGUCACCAUAAUGCACGGAGACUUCGACUCGCUCUUACCGUGGCCUUUCCGUCAAAACAUCACAUUGACAUUACUGGAUCAAAGCGGCUCGAGGAAUCACACGAGCAUUACUUUCACCCCCGAUCCGAACAGCGACAGUUUUUGCCGGCCGAUUUCCGAUGCCAAUGUGGCCGCAGGGUUCCCACGGUUCAUCUCUCACGGUGACCUGGAAACCCCUCGAAAUGCUGUUUAUGUAAGAGAUGGCACACUGUUCAUCAAAGCAAAGGUGGACACAACAGGGUUAGAAGACUUGUAGUUUUAACAAAACAUUACCUUUAAAACUUUGAAGUCUUAACAGUGUCACAUUAUAGAUGUCACAUAAACAGUUUUUUUAUAUGAUAUUUGUCAAUCUGAAUUCAGUUUCUUUUAUUUAAUUGACUCUUUUGAUCCAGUUGUGUUUAAUUUGUGAAAACAAAUAAGAAACGUUGUUAUAAAACAUUGCUUUGAAAUAAUGAAAUGUUAAAGGUGCAGUGUGUAAUUUUUAGAAGGAUCUCUUGACAUAAAUGCAAAAUAUUAUACAACACUAUAUUAUCAGUGGUGUAUAAAGACCUUUCAUAAUGAACCGUUAUGUUUUUAUUACCUUAGAAUGAGACGUUUUUAUCCACAUACAUCGAGGGUCCCCUUACAUGGAAGUCGCCAUUUUGUGUCGCCAUGUUUCUACAGAAGCCCUUAACGGACAAACUUUUUUAUUAAGUUGUCUCUGAUGAUGACAGAUGUCUCUGUUUGUCGGGUGGCAGCUAAAGUAGGUUUCAAAAACGAGGGGUUGCAAUGCGCAACCUCAACACUAGAUGCCGCAAAAAUGUACACACUGCACCUUUAAAGGGAAAAUAUAAUAAAAUGCACAUAAUAUUUGAUAUGAUUUGAGUCAGAUAAACAUAGAGGUUAUUAACAAUGUUAAAGUUUUUUAUCAACGGUUUUUUUUUAAAUCACGUUCUGAUAUUAUAUUUAAUGCUUGUGAAGAUGUCCAGGUUUUCAGCUCAUUGUAUGUCUGAUAGACUUUUACCUUUUUUCCCCAUUAAGAUUUCAAACUUAAUGUUAAUGUAAUAAACAAUGACCUGUUUGAUAAAAAGUUUUAUUUUUUACCCGUUUAGCUGAUUGUGUCACAUGUUUAACUCCACAGGUGUAAAGUACUGAAGUAUUUAUACUUUAUUCAAGUAUUUGUACUUUAUCAGGGUUUUUGUCAUGUCAUUCUUAUGAACACCGCUUCAAGUAAAGUGUUAGCGUACAUUUAAAAUGUAAUACUAUUUCAUUUAUACUCAAGUAAAACUUUAGUUGCCUUUACUUAAGAAAUGUAGGGAAUGUAGUGUUUAAUACUUUUUAUUAAAGUAAAAAUACUUCAGUACUUAAACUCUUACUGUAACAUUAGUUUUAUGUUAACCCAUAAGUUCUAGUCAAUUGGUAGAGUAUUAUGUCCAAGAAAACACAAGGUG